AGAAAAUAUUUCAAUGUGAAGGAUGCUAAAACCACUAAACCACAGACCACAAUAACAAAAUAAAAUUUGCAUUUACACCCAAGAAACGUCAAUAAUCUUUCUUUUAAGACCAUAACUACAUUUAAAUCCACUAUCAUCAUCUAGAUGCAUGUCGAAAAAACGAGAAAACAAGGGGGGACCUUGGUAAAAAUAUUUUACUUACUUUAUAAGGACCGGGGACCUUGAGUGGCACAUUUCUGGAUACCCCACGUGACUUCUACCUUCCCUUCCAUUGGCUCUUACCUACAAACAUGCUUGAACCUUAGGUAACUUGCAACCAGUCUCAUUCUAAAGUUUUUCUCGUAGUAGGAAAGUUUCAGAUUUAAAAAGUUUUAAGAAGUUUCUGAUUUUAUUUGCGAUAUGUACUGAGCAAAUGCUGUAUGGAAUAAACUGGAAUAAUUACGAACGUUUUUUGUGGAUUAUAUUAGAGUUUUCAUUGUGAAAAAGUAAAAAGAAAUAUAUUUUUUGGAUUGUGAUAUUUAUUUUUAGUUGAAAUGUUUUAUGAAACAGCUCAAACAGUUGGACCCGGAUGGCACCGUUCAUAUAAACCGUCCCAUUACGAAGAUAUGACGUGGUCACCAAACAGACACUUUCGGUCCCCUGGGUCAAGUCCUGAAACUUAUAGAAGAAUAAUUCGAAAUGAGGAUGAUUUUCCAAACAGAAACAAAGAUGCUGAGGAUGAAUUUUUCAAUGGUCGGAAAAGUCCUACUUUUCCUAGAAGAGUUUUUAAAGAAGUUUGGAAUGAGUCACCAACGACCCAUCGUUUCACUGAAAGACCCCGAAUGUUUAAACGAGUCUUCCGACCAGAUCGCUGGGAAGAUGAGUUUGACAGAGACAUUCCUCAUCUGCGUCGCGUAGAACGUGAGUUCGAUCGGAAUUUCGAUGGCGGUGGUCCUACCAGAAAGUUUGAUGAAGGCUUCGAAAAAAGGUUCAACUCUCGAGAUUUUAAGAAGAGCUUGGAUGACGAGUCACCUGAUGCCAAAGUACAUCAUAUACCUAUCAUGGUAGAACGCAGAAUGGAUGAUUUGAAAUCUCGUUUUGCGAAGAAUGAAAAAUCUUCUCCUUCGCAAGAGCGGAAUAAUGACGAAGAAUAUGCUGAGGAAUGGCAAGGGCCACAAGUGCAGCGCCUGAGGAAGAGCUUCGAGGAACCAGAAGACGAAUAUUCUUCUCGAUUUAACAAUUACAGAGUUCCUAAAUUUGACACUAACUCUAAACCUCGUCCAUACAUAAAUCCUUCAACAGAAACAUGGGAUCCUCAUGCAAUUCACACUCUCCCAACAAGAAAAUCCCAUAAAUCUUCACAAAGUUUUGACGAUUCUAGACAUCCAGUUCCUCCGAAAUCCGUCUUCAGAUCUUAUUCCGAAACACACGACGAUGCUCCCAGGCCACAGCAACAGCAACACUCAGCAGCAUUUCGUUCCCAUUCUGACGGACAUUGCCCUCAGCAGACUUACGUUACCAAAAUAAAUGUUAAUCUUCCCUCACAAAAUGAGAAUGAUGAGCAGUGCUCACCAAGUAGCCAAAGCAAAAAAGAGUUCGCCAAAUGUAAUGGUGAUUCCACUGGCCAUGCAGUGAAUGAUGAGGACACAUCAUCUAAAUCCAAAGGCAGAAACAAGUAUACCAAUCCAUCCAUGCAACAGAUUGCCGUUGUCUUGCAAAAUGUCGAAGAUCUGGUGACACGUGUUGAAAAUUACACAGGCACUGGCAGAGACAAACAUUACCGUUUCUUGGAUGAAAUGUUAACUAGAUGUAUGCUUCGUUUAGAUGACGUUGACACUGAAGGAAAAGAAGAUAUCCGCAAUGCUCGCAAAGCCGCUUUAAGGGAAGUUCAAAGUUGUAUCGACAGAUUAGAAGCCAAAGCUGAUGAAAGUGAGAGGCGUGCCCGAGAGAAGAAGGCUAUGGAAAAUGAAAAACCUGUCCAACAGAACAAGGCUAGUCCUAUUGAAAGUGAUAUUAAAAACAAAGAAAACCAAGCUGAUGAAAAGAAAGCCAUUCCUCUGCAAGCAAAAUCUGAUGAUGACGAACACAAUCCCAGUAAAGCAAUUCCUUUGCCAGAUGCUUCUAGUGAUGGUUCUCAAGUAAGCAGAGCUAUUCCUUUAAAAGAUAAGCCCACAGAGGCUGUAAAUAAUCAGCCAAAAUCGAAGGCUAUUCCUCUGGGUUAUACACCAACCAACAAUAAUCCCGACUCCGAUUCUCUUGAUAAACCAAAAACUGAUUUUCUUAAAAAUGAACAAACUAAGUUGUAACAUGACAAUUCUAACUUAACAGCUUAUGAAUUUAAAAUUUUUUAAUGAUUUUGGUGUGCAACAUAACACAAAUAAAAUACUUUUUUUGAAAUAAAUGUUAUUCUACACUAUGAUUUGAAGUUAAUAUAUUUCCUCUUUAAAAUUUUAUGUAACUACUCGCUGACUUUUAUUAAAAUAUUUAAACUGAAUUUAAUUUUUAUAUAAGAAGCAAGAUUUUUUUUUAAAUUAGGAAAUCUAUCUAUGAGAAUAUUUUAUUUGAUUUUUUUUACUUUAAUAAAGAAAAGUAAACUGGAAGAUUUUUAAUACAAUAUUUUUUUUAUCUUAUUUAACUACUACUGUUAUUGAUAGAAUAUAGGGUGAAUAAAAACUAUCUUCUACUUUGAUGCUCAUUAUCACCUAAAAUUAAUAUGAUAGAUAAGCCUUGUUGCUUAUACACAUGUACAUGCCCCAGCAAUAAAGUUUUUAAUUUAGAAGAAACAAUUUUUUCUCCUGUCUUAUAAGCGUCAAGGGAUAUGAGUUUGAGUUCACCAUUUUAUCGCGAUUCAGAGAAGGCAAGAAUUACAAUAAUCUUGUAAAUAUUCCGUCAGACAUCUUGAACUCUCGAAUUAUAUAAAAACUGCACAAAAAUGUGUCGCUAAGGCAUUCCCAAUAAAUUGAACUCAGCUAUCUAAUUUAUUUUAGGUGUUAAAACAGUCAAAGUGGAAAAAUUAAACGUUAUUUACCCUAUAUGAAUGAUAUGAAAAUGCAGAUAUUCCAUGGAAAAAUAUUAUUAAAAUCUAGUUAGAAGUUUUAAGAAGUAUAUAGGUUUAGCAAUACUGUGUCACUAUCUCCUGACGUCCAUACACGCAUUAUCUGGAAUAAUUGCGCAGGUCACGACAGAAACCUCAAAACUGCGCAUAUUCAGUUAUUCCAUAAGUGACGUGAGAAGUGAAACGCAACUACUGAAUGUCUCUAUUGCUUCAUAUGCAACUACUUAUUUCCAUUUCUCUUAACUUCGAUGUUAAAAUCAUAGCACAUAUGAAUAACAUUAAGGCUUAUUUCAGUUAUUCAAGCUAUGUGAUGAAACUACUUACUGUGUAUGUACAUACAUAUUUCUACUUAUGUUUUUAAACGUCUGGUACGUUUAUACUUUGUAAAUUAUUGCUGUAUUAUUUACAUUUAUAUUUCAGUUCUCAUUCCGUUCAUCAUCCUUUGAAUGAUUUUAGUUUGUUAAUCAUUAACUGCUUUAUAAACGCUUAAAAGUAGCAGUCUGUAUUUAAGAAAAAUUCGAAAAUUAAAUGACUAAUUGACUGAAAAAUUCAAUUAAGUGGAAAAAUCAACAAUAAUUUAGUGGAUUUUUUAUAUUAUAUUUUAUUAAAAAUAUUUCAUGAUGAACGGAAUUGUUAAUAAUAGCAUAAAUUUUGGUUUCUUUUUUU